CAAUCACAUCCUAGUCAACCUUUUUAUUUUCUUGCUCUAAGAUUUCCCUCCGCAACACAUAAAGUAAGCAAGCAUGAUUACCACAAAGAAGCUUAUCAGAGUGGCAAUAAAGUGGCAGAAGAUAGCAGCCAUAGGAAGGAAAAGAAUUACUUCAGCAAGGACUAAUAAAAAGAUGGAUUCUGCAAGUCAUUCUAAUAAAUCAUCAGCAGUUGAUAAAAGCUACUUUUUUAUCUACACAAUGGAUGAGAAACGUUUUGUGAUUCCCUUGGCGUCUCUCAGCAACAUCAUUUUCCAUGAACUCUUAAAGAUGUCUGAAGAGGAGUUUGGACUACCACGUGAUGGGCCUAUAAAAUUGCCUUGUGAUUCAGUUGUCAUGAAUUACAUUGUCUCCCUAGUGAAGCAAGGAUUAGCUGAGGAUUUGGAGAGAGCUGUACUCAAUUCCAUUACAACCUAUCGCUGCUCAUCAGAUACUUAUUUUCAUCAAGGACAUGGAGAUCGACAGUUACUUGUUUGUGGAUUCUGAGUGAAUUGACAUUAAAACAUGUAAACAAUCUGGUAUACGGAAGGAGCAUAGAGAAAUUAAAUCUCUUUCUAGGUGUAAGUAAU